AUGCAACUAACAACAUUAAUAACUUUAUUAAUCAUUGCGAUUAUUUUAACAACCAACAUUGCAAGUAAUGUUCCAGAUAUAAUCCAGCAAAUCAAUCGUAAAAGUCAAUUAAAUUUAAAUAUAUUAAUAAACUUUGAAAGAACCACUAAUAAUACGGAAAAAUAUGAACAAUUUGUGAAGACCUCUCAAUUAGACGAAAUACCCAAGAUCAUUAUUACGGAGAAAAAUUACAAAGUAACAGCUUUAAAUAAAAAUUUUGGGGACCAAAUGUUAACAGUGGCUUGGAUAACUGACAAAAAUUGGUCUAACACCCUAAAGACUGUGGAUCAAUUGUUGUGGCAGCUGCAUUAUAAAGAUAUCUUCUUGAUAUAUCAAGGACUAUUAUCUACAUUCUAUAAUAUAUUCCAAAACUGCUGGAACUAUGGUUUUAUUUCGGUGUUAUUGUAUCACAAUAAUCAGCUAUAUAGCUAUCAUCCUUAUCCGCGCAUCAAGGUAGUAACACUAAACGAUGUUCAACAAUUUUAUGAUAAAACUCAUUUGCAAAAUUUCUUCGGUUAUGAAAUGGUGGUACCGGUAGUAGAAUUUCCCCCCGUCUGCUUCAGUUAUACCAAUACUAAGGGAGAGUUAAAGCGUGUGGGCUAUCUUUACAACUGGAUAGAAAUAUUUCUCAGACAUCAUAAUGCCUCCAUUAAACAUUAUUCAUUGAACAUAUGGCAGCCUAAUAUCAGUUUUGCUUAUGCUCAGAAAAUUCUAUAUGAAAUUAAUUUCAGUUUUGUGCCAAUGGUGGUGCAUAGAACUAAAAAUUAUUCCUCAAGUGUUGUUUUGACGGUAACCAAGACUGCAUUGAUAGUGCCCAGUAAUGUGGAAAUUUCUAGCAAUUUGUAUAUCUUCAAAACGUUUAGUAAACUUUUAUGGCUGAUUAUUCUCAUAUGUGUAGCUCUAUUUCUAACUCUAAUGAUUUCAGUGAAUAUCAUUUUCCACCAAAAACUUAAUUUUUGCGAGGCUUUUUUGAAUACCAUCAGUAUAAUACUCUUUCUCUCGAUAACUUUAAGGCGAGGCCAUAACCUAUUUAACUUCUAUUUAUAUUUGAUAUUUCUUGUCUACGGUUUGUUCUUUAGUAAUCUCUUUGACAGCAGUCUCUUCAGCUUAAUUACCUCUAAAGUUUAUGAACCGGAAUUACACCAACUAGAGGAUCUCAACCGCAAUAAAUUGCUGAUUUGGAAACAUUCAGCCGAUACUGAAGAUUUCCUAAAUAUGAGAAUACCCGAAUUCGUAAAGCAGCGUUUACACACUGGCAAUAACACCGUGCUAAGGAUUAAACGUGAAGAACUUGAUCCCUCCUAUAUUUAUACAGGCCAAGAGUAUUUAGUCGAUUAUAUCUUAUCGCAACAGCGUUUUAUGAAGCGACCUAAAAUGAAAAGACUAGAUCAGCCCAUAUCAUAUAAACCACUCUUCGUCACUGUCAGCCACCGUUCGCCGGUAAUCGAUCAAUUUAAUCGUUAUUUAUUUUAUAUAAGAGAGAAUGGCAUUAUGUUGAAAAUUUUUCGUGAUACAGAGUGGCAUGGCAUUUAUAGUGGCAGUUUGAGAAUACGUUUCGAUGAUGAAGUUUUGCGGGCUAUGACAAUUGAAUAUUUUGAAUACGCAUUUCUAAUAUGGAUUUGUGGUUUGUUGUGUGCUUUUAUGUGGUUUUUAAUUGAGUAUUUUCAUCGCAAUAUUUUGAACUUAAUGUUAAAUAUUGUUAAUAAAAUUGUAAAGUGA